UGUAAAUCAGAAUCACCUGGAGAGUGUUUAAAAUGAUACAUUUUCUGGAUACUAUCUCAGGUUUACUGACCGAGGAGCUCUGGCGCUAAGGCUGAGGAAUUUGUGUAUUUAACAAGUUUGGGGAUGAUUUUUAUGAUCUAUGGAUGAACCUUUGGGAACUACUGGUUACACCAUGCGCCUUCUCACUCAGAAACAACGGAGGAGUAAUAAAUCGGAAGUACCUGAAGACGAGAAGAGGCAUUGGUGCAUGGGAUUCUGGUUCACCAUGGCUGACGAUCAAGAGAAAGACUUGCAGAAAUUUCUUAAAAAUGUGGAUGAAAUCACCAGUUUAAUCCAGGACAUGAAUUCUGAGGACCCAGUUGUGCAAGAGAAAGCUGUCCUCAAGACAGAAAAGAGACUCCUGUUUACAGAGGACAACCAAGAGGAGGACAGAUGCAGGACCACCCUUAACAAGACCAUGAUCAGUCCUCCACAAGCUCCGACGAAGGAUGCAGAUGAAAUAAACUCAGAGGCCUUCUUGGCGUUUGUGGAGAAGGAUGCAAAGGAACGUGCCAAGAGAAGAAGGGAAAACAGAGUCUUAGCAGAUGCCCUAAAAGAAAAGGGGAAUGAAGCGUUUGUCAGAGGCGAUUAUGAAACGGCCAUCCUGUGCUACAGCGAGGGUUUGGAGAAGCUGAAGGACAUGAAAGUGCUGUACACCAACCGAGCCCAGGCUUAUAUAAAACUUGGGGACUACCAGAAGGCACUAGUGGAUUGUGACUGGGCUCUGAAGUGUGAUGAAAAAUGCACAAAAGCAUAUUUCCACAUGGGAAAAGCUCACCUGGCCCUAAAGAACUACAGUGUGUCUAGAGAGUGUUUUCAGAAGAUCUUAGAAAUAAACCCCCAGCUGCAGAAACAGGUGAAAGAUUACCUGGAUCAAGUAGAUCUUCGGGAGAAAGCAGACCUUCAAGAGAAGGAAGCCCAUGUAUUGCUGGACUCAGGAAAAGACACAGCUGUGACCACCAAGAAUCUCCUGGAGACUCUUGCCAAGCCUGACCAUAACCUGUUGUUCUAUGCAGGGGGCAUUGAAAUCCUGACUGAAAUGAUGAAGGACUGCACAGAACGAACUUUAUUCAGAACACACGAUGGAUUCAGUAUCAUCGGUGGGAAUGAGGUCAUAAGAAGAUGCUUUUCCACAGCAGAAAAAGGUACAAUGGAGGAGACCGUGUGUGUGUGUGUUCUCAGGCUCUGGCAAGCAGUGUGCAGCGGGAACGAGGAAAACCAGCGCCUGCUUGUCAUGCGCCCUGACAUGGGCAGGCUGUUGCCCUCUCUCUUGGCCUCUGGGGUCCUGACCAUCCGGCAGCAGAGCUUGGCCCUGUUGCUCCAGCUCGCCCAGACGGAGAACGGACGAAGCCUGAUCAUCAACCACCUCGACCUGACCCGGUUAGUGGAAGCCCUGGUAUCAUUUCUUGAGUUCUCAGAUAAGAAGGCCAACUCAGCCAUGGGACUGCUCACAGACUUGGCUCUGGAAGAAAGAUUCCAAGCCCGGUUCCAGGCCAGCCUUCCGGGGAUUCUCCCAGCGCUCACAGGCGUCCUGCAAAUUGUUGAGGAGGCCCUAGGAGCAGGGGUUGUGAAGAAAAUGAUUAAAUUCCUGAAGAUGGGAGGCCAGAAUGCAUCACAUUAUGCCAUAAAGACCCUAGCCAUCUGCACUAAUACUUGUCACGAAGCACGAAAAGAAGUGAUAAGACUGGAUAAAAAGUUCAGUGUUCUGCUGACACUGCUCAGUUCAGAGGACGAGAUUCUGGUGGGGAACGCCGCCCUCUGCCUCGGGAACUGCAUGGAGGUGCCGCAGGUGGCAACCUCCCUACUGAAGACCGACGUCGUGCCGGUCUUGUUAAAGCUUGCAGGCAGUGACGCCCGGCAGACAGCCGUGCAGCUGAAUGCGGGGAUCGCCCUGGGGAAGCUGUGCACGGCCGAGCCAAGGUUUGCUGCUCAACUGAGAGAGCUUCAUGGGAUAGAAAUUCUCAACUCUACCAUGAAGUACAUCAGUGACCCUUGAGAGACGUGGUGUGUGCAAACAAUGUGACUGUUUGCUCUGGGUUGUUCCUGUGCUAAUAAAGACUUCGAAAAUA